GAGAGAGAGAGAGAGAGAGAGAGAGAGAAAGAAAUUAUAACAAGGAGCAAUAAAUCCCUCCCCUCCCAUCCUCCCCUAUAACCCAUUCACAAGACCUCCAGAAAUCAUCUACAUUCACAAAACAGCGAGCCUGCUCAACUGAAUACACAGCAACCAUAUCCACUCUUCUCUCUCUCUCUCUCUCCCUCUCUCCCUCUCCCUCCCUUUCCAUCCUUUUAGAUUAUAUCCACACAUACUGAGUCUAGAGUUAUAGAAUGAGACACAGGCAGCAUCUAUUGCUGCGCUGAGAUUUACUGAAUCCUACAACUGCAGUUCCUGCUUCUGUUCAUCUGUCAGAUCGGAGAAGGAGGAGGAGGAGGAGGAGGAAAAGGAGGAGGAGGAGGAGAAAAAACAGGACUUGCAUUGCCUGGGUUUCUUUGGGGAAUAUGUGCAUCUUGAUUUAUAUCUGUAUGUAAAACCUAUACAGAGUAUCUGCCAGUACGUUUCUUGCCUUUUUUUUUUUUUCAUUUUCUCUGCUGUGUCAGAGAGAACGAGACAGAACUGUCUCUAUCUGGUUCCCCAGCCCGAGGAGGAGUGUUCAUUCAGACUUUCUGAAAAGAGCUGGAGAGACAGAGAGGGAGAAUCAAGGAAAGAAGAGGUUCCUGAAUCCGGCUGGGAGAUUAGUUCCACGGCUCUCAGCAACAUGGAUCUCCACGCUCAUCGAGGUUUUUCCGACGUGCCCUGAUGCCAGAGUGACGGCCGGCCCGCUCUCUCUCCGUGCCCACCGCAAGCGUCCACCCGACCGCCCUCCCCGCCGCCCCUCCAGACCCCCUAAGCGUCAGACCGGGUGUGGAGCAUGGAUCCCCCCGCGCAGGACGACGUCCAGCCGGUCCGGCCCCUGGACCAGAUCCGCUCUGUCCGCGCCAGCAACGACUACGUGGAGCGUCCGCCUGUGUCCUUCCAGGCGACCCGCUCGCACCCGUCGCUGGCCCAGCCGGGGCCCAAGGCGGCUGAGUGGCCCCAGGUGUCCGGGCGGGGGGACCUGCCGCGGAGCCUGAGCCAGCACCAGCAGAUGCAGCCCCCGGCGCCGCCCCUGAGCCAGUGGAGCACGGCCAGCUCCGUGUCCCGCAGCACGACGGCCUCGGACCAGCGACUCCUGGGCGGCCUGACGCCCUCGCCCUCCGGCCAGUCCUUGGUCCGGACGCAGCCCCGGCCUGGGGGGGACCCGAAGGCCGAGGACCGGCUCCUCAAGGGGCCGGCGGGGAAAGGCCCCGGGCCCGGGCCCGGGCCGGGCCUGCACGCGGGAGGCGGCCACAUGCUCAUCUGCGAGGAGUGCGGCCGCUGCAAAUGCGUGCGCUGCGGUUCGGCCCGCCGCCUGCCCUCCUGCUGGCUGUGCAACCAGCGCUGCCUCUGCUCUCCCGACAGCCUCCUCGACUACGGGACCUGCCUCUGCUGCGUCAAGGGCCUCUUCUACCACUGCUCCUCCGACGACGAGGACAACUGCGCCGACGACCCCUGCUCCUGCGGGCCCGGGGCCUGCUGCACCCGCUGGGCCGCCAUGAGCCUCCUCUCGCUCUUCUUGCCCUGCCUCUGCUGCUACUUGCCCAGCCGGGCCUGCCUCCGACUCUGCCAGCGCGGCUACGACGGCCUCAAGAGGCCCGGCUGCCGCUGCAAGAGCCACACCAACACCGUCUGCAGGAAGAUCUCCUCGUCCGGCGGCGCCACCUUCCCCAAGGCGCUCGAUAAGCCCGUAUGACCUUCUCCGCCCGGGGAGGGGGCAGAGAUGGAGCCUCCUUCGCCGCCGGGCGACCCCCUUUCGGGGGCAGGGUGAGGCUGAAGCCGUCGGCCGGACUCCAACCAGCUCCCCCGCCGCUCCGGGGGAAGGUCCCGUGCGUCCUGACAUCCGGGCGGGGUCCGGCGCGUCCCGAGAUCCGGGGAGCUGCCCUGCUCGAUCCGGCCUCCCUCCCUACCCGCUCGCCUUCCCCCGUGGCCCAGCCGAAAGACCCGACGUCGUCGUGGGUUUUUGCACAUCGGGGACCAGCCGAGCCAGAUUCUGGCGGGUGGGCGGGGGGCUUCCCUUCCUAGGCGGCGAGACUCACGGUAGGACUCCGUGGCCCCCCGGUCCGUUUCCCCAGGGCGGCGUGUCCAAGCACUACAACCCUCCAGGGACCACACGACCCACGUGGCUGUCGUCGUGUUUUCUUUUUGGUUUGUUUGGUUUUCCUUUCUUUGGCACUUUCCAAGUAUGGGAUCUCCCCGUGGCUCACCCUCUGGGCUCCCUGCCUUGUCAUGCUAUUCGCCGGUCUUUAGAGAGAAGGUUACCGGUCGCGUACUGACCGGUGGCAGCGCUCCACCAUCCUUCCGGAUACACGUGCACGUCCACUCUCCCCACCGACACCAUCCAUACCCACGCCCGACCCUCCUGGGGAUCGGAACGCCGAGCGGUCGGACCCAGUCGGGUCGGAACUCUUGGAUCUCUGAGCCCUGUCUUCCCAUCACAGUCAUCCGUGGGGCUCUCCGGGUGGCAGAAAUGGGCCCGCCGCUCAGUGGCCUUCAUCCCGGGGUGGGGGGGCGGAGAGAGUCCGAGACGAGGUGCCACCUUCGGUCACCCGUGGCCCCAAACCAAGCACGGGGCCCCAAGAGAGCUCAGUCCCGUGUCUGAAGCGAAAACACCACCGGCAGGGAAGAGCUUAGAGCCCGGGGAUGAGUUCAGGGGCCCUCCCCUUGGCUCUCUGUGACAAAAGCAGGAAGCCGUCGAGCCUCGACGCCAUUCACUGGCCUCUGGGAAGUGAGUUAGCGGUCUUGGUCCGGAGCCCGACGAAUGUGUGUCCCAAUCCCGCAGCCGGAGCAGCGGUCACAGGGGGGCUUCCUUUUUGGCAGGGAUGAGGCCGAGGCCCGCUUGCACAGCAGGGUGGGACCAGCUGGUCCUGCCGCUGAGCCUGCUGGGUGACCGGGGAGGGCCUGGGGCUCCAAACAGAAAAGUAGAAAGAGAUGGAAUGCUUUUUGGCGCUCGUCCCCUCCCCAGCACUGGGACUUCUCCAUUGCCCGGUGUUGCCGAGGCAGAGGCGUCGGCUCAGAGUCCUGGGAGAGAGGAUCCAGAUGCGGAAGAGAGCGAAAAGCUGAACGGUGUCACGUCACCCAUCGAGAGGCGGCUGCUUCCCGCUCCUCCGAGCGGAAUCCCAGAGGGUCCCGGUUUGGCUCAUCCUUCUGUGGGAACCUUGGCUCCUCCAGGGGGCCGGGCUCCCGAUCAUUCCAAGGCAAAAGGGCUCCAGAGCUACGCUCCUACACGGAGCGGCUCCCAGGCCGUUUUUUUUCCACUGCGGUAGCUUUCCCGCUAUGACAUAGCCCGGGACCGGCCGAGGCAUUCAGACACAGAGGGGGAUUUGCUUGGAACAGGAGCUCCAAAGUGGUAUAGUACUUCCAGAGUCCCUCUCCAUCCAUAUUUUAAGGAGUGUGUGCGUGGGUGUGUGUGGGUGUGAGCGCAUGCCCGCGUGUGUGUGCCUUUGUGCGGAGGAAGGGGAGGAAGGCACGUGUCCCGUAUAGAAGAAAUGGAUUGGGCUGCAGGGUGGUGCGGGUAGGGCAGGGGAGUGGGCAGAGCGUCCUCCCGAGAGAACUCGAGAGAUAUAUGCAACACAUCCUUGGUCUGCCCCGAAUCUUCCCCCGAUGCGGUGCUGACAUUCGGGUUGCGAUGUCCCCACCCAUUCGCUGACUCCUCCUCUUUGUUUAGAAUUACUUUGAUAUAUUUUUGUAUAUAUAAAUAUAAUGUUAUGAUGGUUAGGACUAUUAUUAUUAUUAUUAAUAAUAUUAAUGAUAUUGCUGCGAAUGGUGCCAUAUGCAAGGUUUGGCUUCUUGGUACAUUUACGAACUCCAAACAGAUAUUUGAAAGUCUCCUGUGCUAUUUCCGGACCCUUAAUUUAUAAGAAACUUGUGUAUCCUUUAAGCCUUCCUGACAGAGCUUUGUGCCAACCUGCCAAUAAGGGUUGUGCUAACUCCUUGAAGGCAGGACAGAACGCGGAGGGUCUCAGCAGGCUCUUGGCUGCUUCUGUCUGAACUUUGCUUAGAGCCGAGUCGAACGAGGACCCUCUGAGACGUUGUGCUUUUUGUUUUUUUUUUUUCUGAGGCCAAAACUGUACUUUGGGUGCUUGCUUCCGAUCCAAGAUUCAAGUCGACGACAGUACUUCCCCUUGAAGUUUGCGGGUUCCAAUCCCACAGCCUUCAUUUGGGCAAAUGUCUUUCUUCAGUCAAAAAUGAGUCUUGCCUGACCUUUCGUGAUGGCCAACUCAUCUGUUUUUUUGUGUGGAGAACCGGGGGUCCCACAAGGCUAGGGGGUGAGGGGACUCCUCUCCAAUGCAGGGACAUCCUAAAAUCUUCCAAUGAGUCAAGACCUUCAUUGGUGUCAUCACUGACCGGACUCUUGCUGCCUCAGAGCUUCCUAGAGUGGAGUCCUAUUGGGCUUUCCUAGAAACCUACGCCUUGGUUACAAUUACAACAAAGUGUACUGCACUGGCAUUUCAAAAAUAUGGACGGUAGGAGCCCCGGUCCUUCAGAGAGGUUCUCUUUUCAUGAUGGUCAUUUACAGUAUCAGCAGAGAUAGGCAGAGAUUGUUUCUGACUGAGGAUUGUUUUCCGAUUGGUCAUGUUUAUCCCUAAUUAUUUGUUUCCUAUAUUCUGGGCCCAGGACACUGAACAUGUGGAAUGAGCCAAGGGAUUUCCUCGAGUCCCAUCCCAUUUUUUGCCCUCAGGGAAAACUAAAUUACAGGGACAAAGCCUUGUGGGGUCACUUGGUCACUCUGAUGACCACUGUCCUCCCUACUCCUUGAAUUCCACCUCCACCCCAUUUUCCCCUCCUUGCUCUCCCUCCAGAGUUAAGAAGGGAGAACCCUUCUGUUAGAACUGAACCCCAGAUCUGUCAUUAGUAAGGAGAAGGCCAAAGUCAUGACAAAAGGAGCUCACCUUUUCCCUCCACCUGAUCCUGACUGAGACUGCGGGCAGGGCCGAUGGCUUCCUCCCACUCUCCCACUCACUUCCUUCUCAAAAUGUGGGAUAACAGCUCAUGGACAUAGAGCUCUCAAGGCAGAGAUCGUGAGUUUUAGUCAGUUACCUGGUUGUGCUUUCUAGUUGCCCAGAACCUAAGGAGAGGUGUCUUUCUCUCAGGGACAGAACCUGGAUUAUUUGAAAAGUUUGGAGUCAAUUCUGCACUUGUCCCAGUGGUUAAAAUGUUCUUCUUAUAGAUAGAAAUGCUCAAGGAGCCUCUCCUCACCAGUGUUUAUGCCAGAGGAGAGUGUACAGUAGGCAUGCUCACCAGACACCAUCACCCUUUGCUUUCUGCCUGUCUCCACUCAUGGUUGGGCUCCGAAGUAUGUAGUCCCAAUCCCAAUGCCAUCCGGAGCCCCUAACACGACCUUCCUUCUCCUCCUGAUUUAUAUCUGAGCAAUGGGAUUCACUCUCCUUCCCCGUGCCCUCCGAGGUCCCUAGGCGGGAAGACCGAGCCCAGUAAAACCGGGCCUCGAUUGUCAGGGCCGGAGCAGAGGGAAUAUGGGGUGGAGGGGGGGCGGGACUAGGGAUCAGGCCAAAGUCCGCAAAACCUGGGGAUGCGUACUGGACUACGCGAUCCAGCUUGAGGUUAUAGCCGACGUCUUCAGGAGUCAGAUGAUUUCAGUUCUCCACCUCAGAUCCGGUUCUUGGAAAAAAACUAGAUAUGUGUUAGGGGGACCUGGGAGAUUACAGUCUAGUCUCCCCAGGAUUUGAGGCGAUCUCCUGCUUCUGCAUCCAGAUGGUUCACUCUUGCCUUUGAGGGAUGGUCUGACAGAAAAAAUAAAUAAAUCCAGUCCCUUUCCCCAGAGCUCAAGGUCUUCUUUGUCACUUGAGGCUGGUUGAUACGGUAAGCAGCUGAGCCAUUUUCUCAAAUUGCCUCUAGACUCACAGUUUAAAUCUAACCUCCCCCCAGCUUGGUAAAUAGAAUGAAACUCCUUUUCCCCUCCCCAAACCCACUCCUCUCCUCCCAUUUUCAGCGCACCAUUUGUUCUUGAUCUGAAUAACCCCAAUCCCCAAUAACCUUGCCAAGCUGAUGACAUCUUAAGCAGGCAUGAUGGUUCUUUGCUAAUGAUGUAAUAAAAGAGUUUGUUCCCACUCCUCUCCUGGCCCUCAAUACCUCCUCCUCUUCCUCAAAAUGACAAUGGCUGGUGCUAGCCCAAACUCCUGCAACACUCAUCCUACCCUCAUUCCUGUGUAGGGAGUUGGAGAUUUCCAUCCUCUCAGAAUAAACUCAGUACUGAGCGCGGCUCUCUCUCUCCUCUAUUUCUCUCUCACUUUAAGGGGGCUCUUAGUGAUUCUGGCUAACAGGUGCCAAAAUCCAUGUGAGAAUGACUUCUCUAGGGCAAUAAAAGGACCAAUCAACUUAGAAAAAACCAUUCCUGCCAAAACUUCCAUUUCUGCCAAGGACUUCGGGAGGCAAGUCUGAGAACGUUUCUCCUCCAAAAGGACACACUUUUCUAGAGGUUUUAAGAGGCUCCCGUAUCACACACCCAUUCCUCGGUUUCCUCCAACAAAGAGAAGGGAAGGAAAAGUUGAGAAAAUCCCUGCUGGGUAAACCUUGAAGCUCCAUUCAGGAUCUCCCACCUUCUCCCUGAAAUCUCUCUACUUGCUAAGCCGUUUAGUGAGGGACCUGGUUUCACUCUGGCCACCAGAGCGAAGCCCCAGAUUGAAUUUGGGGUUUGCCUGGAUUGGAUUAUAGCCACAUUCCUUUCCCCAGGUGGCAUUUCUGAAGAUGAAGCAGAUGUCUAGAAGAUGUCCAGAUGCUAAGUGUGCGUGAGGGGGUAGGAAGAGGCCAGAGAGGGGAAAGGGACGGUCACGUGGCAGGAUCACGUGCACUUUUGCCUCCGGUUUUGUUUCCUUGCCCUGCUUUCCCAAAGAAGUCUGUCCCGAAGUCAUAACUGCCUUGAAUUUGAGAGAGCAGGAGCAGAGAGCUGCUGAAGGUUGUUGCAGCUGGUGUCCCAUCUUCUCCAAAUUGAAAUCUGGCAACGCUGUUGAACCGGUCCAAGUCUGAGUUGCUUCUGCCUCUACUGGAUGACAACCAGGAGGAAUUUGGAGUAGAUGGGAACUGAAUGGCUUCAGCCUUCUGCCUGGGGGGGCCGCAGCAGGGGAAAGGGUUUGGCUUCCCCAACGGGAACUUCCCUCGGCAAAGGACUGCAGCUGGAGAAGGAGACGAUGAGCCCUGGCUCCGUCGUUUAAUUCCAACUGGAAACCAGAGAUUGGCCGAUUCGGGGACGGUUCCCGGAAUGAAUAAUAAUGAGGAGGAGGCUCCCUUUAACUGGAUCCCCCUCUCCCUGAGGAGCGUUAAAUUGGAUUCCCCAGAGCCCUAACCUUUGGAAAUUCACUACACGCUGGUGGCUGGAAGUUCCUGUUCUUCUUCUGUCCCCUCUUCUUCCUUACCCACCUCUUAACCUUCCAGAGAACACCUCCGUGACCAAGAAUUCAAGCAUCUGACUCUGUUAAUUUGGUACCAAAGGCAUUCUGUACAAUGUGUAAAAUAGCAUUUGUUCUUUUUUCUUAUUUUUAAGGCAUAACUACAUAUUCAUAAUCCACUGCUGAUUUUUGCCAAUACUCCUUACCAUUAAAAAAGUAUUUAUUUAAAAAGUUUAUUUUAAAGAAAAAAAAUCUAUUUAUUUAAAAAGCACCCUCAGAUUUGUCGUCUCUCUCUUUUUCUCUCUCUCAUGCAAAGCUAAUAACUGUUACUGAACCACGGCUGAAAUAAAAGAAUUCUAUAGGUGGCAUCACAAGCUACUUAAAACAACUAUUCAAUAAAAAUAUAUAUUAAUUUUGAAA